GCGGCGGCCUAGCAGAGCGCCAUCGGGGGCGGCCAUGCCGUACGCCAACCAGCCCACGGUGCGCAUCACCGAGCUGACGGACGAGAACGUCAAAUUCAUCAUCGAGAACACCGACCUGGCCGUGGCCAACUCCAUCCGGAGGGUGUUCAUAGCGGAGGUGCCCAUUAUAGCUAUUGACUGGGUCCAGAUAGAUGCCAACUCCUCAGUGCUCCAUGAUGAAUUCAUUGCCCACAGACUGGGUCUCAUCCCACUCACCAGCGACGACAUUGUGGAUAAGAUGCAGUAUUCCAGGGACUGCACAUGUGAUGAAUUCUGUCCAGAGUGCUCUGUGGAGUUCACCCUUGAUGUCCGCUGCAACGAGGACCAGACGCGGCACGUCACAUCCCGUGACCUCAUCUCCAACAACCCCCGUGUCAUUCCGGUAACAUCUCGGAGCAGAGACAACGACCCCAAUGACUACGUGGAGCAGGAUGACAUCCUGAUUGUGAAGCUGCGGAAGGGCCAGGAGCUGAAGCUGAGAGCCUAUGCCAAGAAGGGCUUCGGCAAGGAGCACGCCAAGUGGAACCCCACAGCAGGGGUGGCCUUUGAGUACGACCCAGACAACGCGCUGAGGCACACGGUGUACCCAAAGCCAGAGGAGUGGCCCAAGAGUGAAUACUCGGAGAUCGAUGAGGAGGAUGCUCAGGCUCCAUAUGACCCCAAUGGGAAGCCUGAGAGGUUUUAUUACAAUGUGGAGUCUUGCGGCUCUCUGCGCCCCGAAACCAUCGUUCUCUCUGCAUUGUCUGGCCUGAAGAAGAAGUUGAGUGACCUCCAGACUCAGUUGAGCCAUGAGAUCCAGAGUGACGUGCUCACUAUAAACUGAAGUGGCCCUUUGCAGGAGAUUGUCCAGGCAGCAGUGAUGCAGAAGGUUCUUGCCUCUGCCUGGCAGCACUCUGGGCUGAGGGAUUGUUUCCUCAUCUCCCUCUGCCUCUCCUGGUGCAGAUCUGCUUGUCAGCAACACUUCUCAGAGAAAGCCAUGGUGACACAUAGGGUAAAGCAGGAACAAAGUCUUUGCUGGGGUAGGGAUGGGCUUUGUCUCUGAGCCCAGAGUUUUGGACUGCAGUCACAUAGUGUUUGGGAUUGGGAAGCGUGUACCUCAGUUACACAACCCCGUCCUGUUUGUAUGUCUGUUCCUUAACUGUACUGAAUAAAGUCUAAACCCCUGUG